UUCGAUACAACAUUCGCGCCAAAAUACUAUUUUGGUAAACUUGUUAAUUAAGUGGGUACUGAAAAGAUUAAGCAAUAACACUUUAGUUAUAAGAUGUCUUCGUGCCAAACUGAAAUUCCUUUUAGGUCACGUAAAAGGACGUACCUGCAAAGCAAGAAAGAAAAAUGUAAUAUAGAAAAUAAAGAUAUCUUAAACAUUGUCAAAACUGUAAAGAAAUCCUUAAAAAGGAUUAAUGAAGAUAAACUAGAGAAAAUUGUUAAUGAUGAUGUAUGCUCUGCAAAGAAGAUAGCAAAACCACUAGAAGUAUCAGAUGAUUGUGGUAAAGAUUCGGACACUGCAAAUAGCUUUGACACCAAUGAAAAUAGUUUAAAACCUCUGGUUAGUCGGGAGAAUGAGAUAGCGUUUUUAGAAAACUUUCUAUAUGAACACUUAGAAAGUGAUCAAUCUGGAUCCCUAUACAUUUCUGGUCAACCAGGAACUGGAAAAACGGCAAGCCUGUCAUAUGUGUUAAAACUGCCUAAGGUAAAAUAUGGUUAUCAGCAAGUUUAUGUUAAUUGCACAAUGAUGAAAUCUGCCUCUAGCAUUUACAAUAGGAUAUGCAAGGAGUUAAGGAUAAAGACUUCAGGCACAAGUGAAAAGGCAUCUUUGAGUGCAAUUGAAAAGUUUUUGUGUACAGAUCAUAAGAUGAUCUUGCUGGUGCUGGACGAGAUCGACCAGCUGGGCAGCGCGCGGCAAUCGGUGCUGUACACGUUGUUCGGGUGGGCCGCGGUAGCCGCGCACCGCACGGUGCUGGUGGGCGUGGCCAACGCGCUCGACCUCACUGAGCGUGCGCUGCCGCGAUUGGCUGCGCGCGGCCUGCGACCAGCCACGCUGCACUUCGCGCCGUACACCAAGCAGCAGAUCGUUGAUGUGUUCACCUCGGUACUGGCAGACGAGGACAAGGGGAAUGUAUUCUCGCCCGUCGCGCUACAGAUGCUGGCAGCUAAAAUAUCAGCGAUAUCCGGCGACAUGAGGAGGGCACUGGACAUCGGACGGCGCGUCAUAGAGCUAGCUCGCCGGAGCAAAUUCGCCGAGACGCAGUGUGUCGAGACUAUGAUGAAGGACAACACGGCCACAGUCGAGCUGAAGCAGGUUCUACAAGUCCUGAACGACGUUUACGGCGGCUCCGCCAAGAUCGACAACGACGUGGAAGAAAGUUUGCCGUUGCAGCAAAAGCUUAUUUUAUGCAGCUUAAUAUUAAUCUUAAAUAAGGGGAACACCAAAGAAAUACAGAUGGGAAAACUUCAUGAUGAAUAUAAAAAGGUGUGCGCGGCGCGUAACAUCUGCCCGCUGGAGCUGGGCGAGCUGGGCACGGCGUGCGCGUUGCUGGAGGCGCGCGGGGCGCUCACCGUGCGCGCUGCUGGCAAUGGAGGCGCGCGCGGGCGGCGGCUACGGCUGCAGUGGGACGAGUCGGAGCUGCGCGCGGCUCUGCGGGACAAGCCACUGUUGGCCGCCAUACUGCAGCGCGCACACUGACCGCCGAAGUAACCUAGUAACG